UGCACUUAGAAGGGCAUUUUUGGGUGCAGACGGCCUUGCUUGCAGAAGAAAUUCAGAACAAAAACAUCAACAACACCUCAUUCAAGUUUCGUCGGGCUUCUGCUUCGUUCGCUCUUGAACUGGAAUUGAAUUGCAACCCAGCAACCCAGCAAACCACCAGCCUCGACAAACAGCAGCACGAACGAACACACCACACCUCUUCAGUAACUCAUCAUGGCCAAGUCCAAGCGAGAUGGCAGGAGCUCGUCCAAGGGGACGAGCAGCAAGAGCUCGAGUAGUAGUGGCUCAUCCGCCGCCAACCGUCUCACGCAGAAACUGGUGUUAGACGACGACUCGGAUGUGGUGACGCUACUAAUUCAAGCCUUUAGCGCACACCGUAUUUGCAAGCACGUUCGAAUAAACCGACCCUUCUUUAAAAAGCUGACAUCAGAACAGAGCAGUCAAUUGCUAGAAGCUAUUGGGGAAUUGCCCAAGUUGGAAAUAUUCGAGAUUGAUUUCCCACCUCGGGAAGGUCACCCUUUGAUCGCACAAGCACUGGCAACUUUCUUGAAAAAGGCCAAGAAACUGAAUACCAUCACUCUGUGUAAUCUUGAGUUGUCGGGGGAGUCAGAUGUCAUGAUUGAUGCUCUUAAUAGCCAUCCCUGUCUACAAGAUGUCAAGAUUCUGUUGCUGCAAGAAGGCGUACCGCAUCUGAUCCAUAGUUGAUGUGGCUACCAUGCUGAUGCGUUCAGUCCCUGUGCAAGAGCCUCUAAGAGUGAAUUCAAUCGUGCGCACCCGUUGCCUGGAAGAAAAAGAAAGAAAGAGAGAUAAUUCAAAAAGAUGGUUCCGGUAUCUACCCAAACGAAUAAGCACAGGGUAUUUUCUGAUCUCAAGGAAACCAAACUGUUGAGACAAUGAGGAUGUGGAGGACACACGACAAAAUCACACACAUAUCACGGAAGAGAAACUAACUGGAAAUAGUGAGGUCUUCUUCCCGGACAGCUCUCUGAGUGCAGCAACCAACAUCAAGGCUCACUCGCUUGUUGCUGAUGCUACCGGUAUCAAGGGAGCUAUCAAUCAUUCAAAAUGUCUCAUUGAUCUCAUACCAUGGUGUGUUGGUGUAUUCUAGCUACAAUUUGUAUCAAAGUAUCGCUACUAGGCU